CCCCGUUUGGAAUUUGAUUGGAUUUGCCGGAAUUGAUUCAGUCCAAAUCCGAAAUCCAACAGUUAUUUGGUAAAUCUGUUUAAUGUCAGGAAUGGCUCAAGAAGACGGAUCUUCAUCGAUAAGCUCGUCUCCCCUUCACUUAUUCUCGUUAAUGUCGCUUUCACCUGGAAUUGGAUCACCAUAUCCAUGGCUAAGAGAGAUGGAAUCUGAAGAAAGAGGUCUUUACCUCAUUCAUCUUCUUGUAGCCUGUGCUAAUCAUGUGGCUGCUGGUAGUAUCGAGAAUGCCAACAUUGGGCUCGAGCAGAUUAACCAUCUUGCGUCUGCCGAUGGUGACACAAUGCAGCGCAUCGCUGCUUAUUUCACUGAAGCACUCGCUAAUCGGAUGCUUAAAGGAUGGCCUGGUUUAUAUAAAGCGAUUAAUUCCACAAGGAUAACGUCUGUUUCUGAUGAGAUGUUGGUGAAAAGAUUGUUCUUCGAUCUCUGCCCUUUUUUAAGACUAUCUUAUAUCAUCACUAAUCAAGCGAUUCUUGAAUCCAUGGAAGGCGAAAAGAUGGUUCACAUUAUCGAUCUUUGUUCUUCGGAGCCUGCACAGUGGAUUAAUCUUCUUCAAUCGUUAAGAUCGCGCCCAGAAGGUCCACCCCAUUUGCGGAUUACUGGGAUCCAUCAACAGAAAGAGGUUUUAGAACAAAUGGCACUUCGAUUGAAUGAAGAGGCGGAGAAAUUAGACAUCCCGUUUCAGUUUAAUCCAAUCGUCAGUCGAUUGGACAAUCUCGACAUCAAGUGUUUACGUUAUAAAUCAGGCGAAGCUCUAGCAAUCAGCUCGGUUCUUCAACUUCACACCCUUUUGGCUUUCGAUGAUGAAAUGGCCAAAAAAAGCCCGGCUUCAAAGCGGGUUCUUCAUAUGAAUUCACAGACAUUAGGCGAUUUCCUCAAGAAAGACGUGACCAGCGCUUUCAGCCCGAGUCCCGAUUCGACUUCAUCAUCGCCAUUUUCUUUAGCCAAUUCGGCUAAAAUGAUGAACUUUUUGAAUGCCCUUUGGACCCUUUCGCCAAAACUAAUGGUGGUAACGGAGCAAGAAUCGAACCAUAACAAAUUCAGCUUGAUGGACAGAGUAAUCGAAGCAUUGAUCUUCUACGCAGCACUAUUCGAUUGCUUAGAAUCUACUGUUCCACGAGCAUCAUUAGAACGCCAAAAAGUCGAAAAGAUGCUAUUUGGGGAGGAAAUCAAGAACAUUAUCGCUUGCGAAGGGAUCGAAAGAAGGGUGAGACACGAAAAGCUCGAGAAAUGGGUUCCACGGCUGGAGCUGGCUGGAUUCGGGCGGGUUCCUUUGAGCUACAAUGGCAUGUUGCUGGCUACAAGAUUGUUACAGAACUAUGGAUAUGACGGAUAUAAGAUGAAAGAGGAGAAUGGGUGUUUGGUUAUUUGCUGGCAUAAUCAACCAUUGUUUUCGAUAUCGGCAUGGAAAUUUACAAGGUACAGUUAGUGGGGGGUUUCUGUGUUUUAGUUGAUAUUUUGUUUGCUUACUUCAAUUCUGCGUAUAAACCAAUCCAAUUGAUGUGCUCCUAAAUGU